AUGUCCAUCGCAGACCUCGUUGUAGUCGUUGCCGGAGCCUCCAAAGGAAUUGGCAAAGCCAUUGCACUAUGUGCUGCAAGGGACGGUGCGUCCGUGGUGAUCAACUAUUUGACCGAUGCUUCGGCGGCAGAGGAUCUUGUGACACAAAUCGGCAAUGAACGUGCACUUGCAGUGCAGGCAGAUAUUUCCAAGCCAUCAGAAAUAAUUCGUCUGGUCAAGGAAACCGUGGCACGAUUUGGGAGUAUCGACGUGCUUAUUCCAAACGCGGCCUUCGUACCCGUAGGCGGCCUGCGAGAUAUCACAGAUGAAAGCUUCGAUCGGGCGUUUGCCGUGAACGUCAAGGGACCCUGUUUUGUUGCGAAGGAAGCUGUCCCGUACAUGAAACCGGGCAGCGCUAUCAUCUUCAUCUCUACCGACCUUGCAGACUCUGGUUCGGCGCCUCCAGAGCUUCUACUUUACGUGUCCACGAAAGCUGCGUUGAACCAGAUGACACGAAUAAUGGCCAAGGAACUUGCCACGCAGGGCAUUCGGGUCAAUGCUAUUUCUCCUGGAGCAACGAGGACCGAGCUCUUCAACAAGACCAAUAGUGUCGACACCAUACAAAAGAUUGCAAGUCGGAACCCCUUCAAUCGGAUUGCGGACCCAGAUGAGAUCGCUGAAGCGGUAAGUCUGUUGUGGAAGAAUGAAAGCAGGUGGAUUACUGGGCAGGUGGUGAAGGUGAAUGGCGGUUCGCCAUGA